AACAGCAGUGAGAGAAGGGGACAGAGAUUCAGUAUCUGAGCCAGAGACCACAGGAAAGAGCCGAGGAGCAUCUGGACAUUUCUACAAAAGAUGGAACGCAUGCUGACUUUGUUUCUGCUAUGUCCAUUUGUGUUUUUCACCAUCGUGACAUCCCAACAAGACAAUGUGUGUUAUAGGCCUGUACUGGCUGCCGACAUCGAGACGGAUGGGCUCCAGAGGUACUACAGCCCCGGUGUGGAGUUAGCGCUGAGCUGUAAACAAGGAUACACCCCCAUGUUGGGCCCUCGGAAGAUUGUUUGCGGCGCCAGUGGAGAGUGGACGAAAACCAGAUUAAUGUGCAUACCAAAACGGUGCCCUUUUCCUGAUCCACUGUCUAAUGGAGAACUGUACUAUGAGGAUACCGUGUUCCAGAGUAUCAUCAACUAUACUUGUGAUGAAGGGUACACCUUGACUGGAGAUGCCACUGCUGUGUGCCUUGCCAAUGGAACGUGGAGCAAACCGGUACCUGAGUGCAUACCUGUGUCCUGUGGUCUCGCUCCGAUCCCACCGUUUGGGAUGAUAAUCUAUGACAAGAGGAUCAGAGGGAACACCACUGAUUACGGCGUCGGAGUGACGUACAAGUGUCUGCCUCCAUACGUACUUAUUGGCAACGCAAGAGCAGAGUGCACCGUCAGUGGCAACUGGACCAAGACACCUGAAUGUCGAGUGGUGACCUGCCAUCCACCGGAGAACAUUUUCAAAGGCUACAUGUCAAGUGACGACCAGAGAGACUAUGACUACAUGGAAACGAUCAAAUAUGGCUGCAAUGGAGACUAUGUACUUGAGGGAAGCCUCCAGAUUGUUUGUCAGCGGAAUGGAAAUUGGUCUGAAAAGCCAUCCUGCAAAGCCCCUUGCAGUGUUGGCAUACGGAAAGCAAGGAUAUUUUACAAAGGACGGAAACUCUGGAUCGCCGACUUCACCCCGAACACAGUCUUACACAAAGAGAUUGUCUCGGUCUACUGCAUGGACAAGACCAGGAAGUGUGGUUACGCAGUGCCAACCCAGUGCAUCGAUGGAAAACUCAAAAUCCCUGAAUGCUUUGAGGAGCCCAGGGGCAUUGAUUAUAACUUUUAUUCAAGCUCACUUCCAUCAGAAAUCACACAGUGCUGAAACAGCAGCAGAUCUCUUCUCUGAUCAUUAUUAAACUACUGCAAUAUGGAA